AUGAGGAAGCUAGAGGAGCAAGAAAAGUACCUGAAGGACCUAGCUCAGCCGUCAGUUUCGAGGAAGUUGGAUAAUCAAGCUCUCGCUGGUCCCGUUCUGCACCCAACUACGCCGAAGUCUUCCUCAACACUCCCAUCUCACGCGGAAUCUAUCUCGCUUCUCGUGGCUGGGCCAGUUCCAUCGAAAGGGUGUGAUAAUGCCACAUCAUCUUGCGUCGGAAAAAUCACGAAACAAUUACCAGUUCGAACCGACGCACCCGUCAACUGGGCCGCACCUCCAAGCAUACUCGUACCAGAACAACUGGAUGACCGAUACCAUGACAGCAAACACACGAGAAAGUACAACCUACCUAUCGACGAUCGAGGACACGCCAGAGCACUGGAUUCUGGCGUCACGCAACAUGGUAUUUCACCACCGACGUUCCGGAAAAUGCAAACUGCACCCGCAUCGAUCCGAGAAGACUCCUACCAGUACCAGAGGAACUGCUACCCUGAUGCAGCGUCACCUUGUCCAACAGCAUCUCAGCUCGCCGCCAGACAAGUGAUGACACGCGAGUUACCAACCUUCUCCGGUGAUCCAGAGGAUUGGCCAAUCUUUUACAGCAGCUUCAAGAAUUCCACUGCCGUCUGUGGGCCAGAGAUCCUCAUCAAUUCCCUUCUUCGACGUGUUCGGUCUUCACCGACCCCGAAAGCUGAUAACUUGAAAUCGAUCGUCGAUUAUGGACUAACAGUUCAAAAUCUGAUUGAUCACAUGGUUCUGUCGGAGCAACAAGCCCAUCUGACAAACCCGCUCCUCCUUAACGAGCUGGUGGAGAAGUUACCUACGCAGUUCAAACUACAGUGGAGCAGUUUCAAACAGACGCAAUUGAAUGUCAACUUGGCGACGUUUAAUUCAUUUAUCUCGAAUCUCGUCUGUCUGGCCUCGGAUUUGCUCGUCAACUCGGAGUCAUACCACGCAAACACCAAAGGAUCCAGGAUGGACAAGCAUAAAGAGAAGCUGUUCGUCCACUGUAAGGAUCGCUCGGAAGAACCGGAAAAUGCGGAACAAACCCCAGAACCAAUUCAGGACAGACCAUUCAAAACCUGCACCUACUGUGAAGAAGAGAGCCAUCAAAUUUCCAAUUGUGAAACGUUCCGUUCCCUGACUGUGGACGCUCGCUGGAAAGCCGUGUGGACGAAAAAUUUGUGCAGAACAUGCCUGGUGCCCCACCGGAAAUGGCCGUGUCGUUCGAGGAGAGAAUGCGGACUAGAUAAUUGUCGAUCGCGCCACCACCCCAUGCUACACGCCCAGUAUACGCAACACGAACAAGUACCCCGUCAGACGGAUGACAAUCUGCAGGCACAUCAAAAUCACCACCGGUGUCAAUCCGUCUCGCUAUUCCGUUAUCUCCCCGUGAAACUUUUCGCCAAUGGUAAGACCGUUACCAUCUUCGCCUUUCUCGAUGACGGUUCCAGCACUAUGCUUCUGGAGGCAGGAGUCGCUGAACAGCUAGGGCUGGAUGGGCCAUCGGCUUCGCUGUGGCUGUCGUGGACCGGCAAUAUAACGAGAGAAGAGAAAGGUUCGAAACGCGUAAGCUUGACUAUCGCUGGUGAAAAUUCCAAGCAAAAGUACGCUAUCAACAAUAUUCAAACAGUUGAUGAGUUGCAUCUACCUGAGCAGUCGUUCCAUUACGACAGCCUAGCUGAGACCUACCCGCACCUGGCGGGGUUACCUCUCCGAAACUACUCGAAUGUCGUUCCCCAAAUGAUCAUUGGAUUGGAGCACGUGCGACUGCUUACUGCCCUCAAAACACGUGAAGGAAAAAACGGUGGACCAGUCGUCGUAAAAACCAGGUUAGGUUGGUGCGCAUUCGGAAAGGAGUCUGAUGGAGUCCAGCUAUCCGUGCAUCUGAAUCAUCACUUCGAAGAAUCUAUGACGAAUCAGUCUUUGCACGAAGCAAUGAGGAACUACUUCGCUGUCGAGGAAAGUGCGGUAACAGUGAAACCGGAGGCUGACGACGACAAACGUGCGGUUCAAAUUUUGGAACAGACUACAGUCAAGAAGGGGACUCGGUACGAAACCGGUCUGUUAUGGCGAGCAGACAGUCCGUCGCUUCCAGACAGCCUACCAAUGGCGAUCAAUCGUUUGAAAAGCCUCGAAAGACGUUUAGCGCGGAAUCCAGAACUGGCAAAGAACGUUGGACAGCAGAUUGGAAAUUACAUCGACAAAGGUUACGCGCAUAAAGCAUCUGCGGAGGAGCUUCAAGACACAGAUCCACGUCAUGUGUGGUACCUACCGUUGGGUGUAGUCGUCAAUUCCAGAAAGCCCGGAAAAAUUCGGCUUAUUUGGGACGCGGCGGCGAAGGUCCAAGGAACCAGCUUUAAUGAUCUUCUUCUUAAGGGACCAGAUUUGCUAGUAUCGUUGGUGUCAGUGAUUCUCCGGUUCCGAGAAAGGAACAUCGCAGUGUGUGGUGACAUCUGCGAAAUGUUCCACCAAAUUGAGAAUCGAUCGGCGGACAAGCAAUACCAACGAUUUCUCUGGCGCUACGAUCCAAAGGAUGAAAUCGAGGUCUACGUAAUGGAUGUCGCCACAUUCGGCGCUACCUGUUCGCCCUGCUCGGCGCAAUAUAUAAAAAACAGAAACGCCGACGCACACGCCUCGAUGUACCCACGAGCAGCUAAAGCUAUUACGGAAAACCAUUACGUCGAUGAUUUUCUUGAUAGCACCGAUACGGUGGAAGAAGCCAUCGACCUCGUGAAUCAAGUGAAGAUCGUCCAUUCCGAUGCCGGUUUCGAGAUCCGGAAAUUCCGGUCUAAUUCUUCGGAAGUCCUUGCCGCCAUCGGAGAAUGCGAAGAAACAUCAGGGAAGCCCAUCAACUGUGGCAAGCAAACGAUCGGCGAUCGUGUACUGGGACUGAUCUGGGAUCCGAAAGCAGACGUAUUCACGUUCGAUGCAUCAUGUCUAAAUAUCCCGCAACUGCUCAACGGAUGUGAGAUCCCUACGAAGAGUUGCAAGUACACAUUUUCGUGGACGCUAGCGAAUGCGCCUAUGCUUGCGUCGCUUCCCGGAUAA